AUCUCCCACAAGGUCCAAUGGUGUGAACCUCAGCACAGCACAGAGAAAUCAUCAUCAUGACAGAUGGCUACCUGUGGUUUGAAGGGUUACCUUUCCCUUCUAUUGAUUACAGCUAUGAAGGCCUAAAAGAAGCAUGUACUAAAUUUGUGAUAAAGGAUGAAGAUACAGUAAUGGUGUCAUACCCUAAGUCAGGAACCCACUGGUUGAUUGAAAUUCUCUGCCUGAUUCACUCCAAAGGCGAUACCACGUGGAUUCGAUCUGCGUCCAUCUGGGAUCGUGCACCCUGGUUAGAGAUAGAUUCAGGAAACAAAUUGUUAAAGGAGAGAGAGGGCCCACGGCUCCUGGCCUCUCACCUCCCCUUCCAUCUCUUCCCUAAGUCUUUUUUCAUUUCCAAGGCCAAGGUGAUAUAUAUCAUGAGAAAUCCCAAAUAUGUCCUCGUGUCAAGUUACUAUCAUUGGUCCAUGAAAAAACUUACUAAGAAACCAGAGUCACUGGAUCAAUAUUUUCAGUGGUUCCUCCAAGGCCACGUGCCCUAUGGAUCAUGGUUUGAGCACAUUCGUGGCUGGAUGUCCAUGAGAGACAGGGAGAACGUCCUGCUGCUGAGUUAUGAAGAGCUGCAGAAGGACCCAAGAAGCACCAUAGAGAAGAUCUGUCAAUUCCUGGGAAAGAAGUUAAAUCCAGAAGAACUGGACUCAGUCCUCAAGAAUAGCUCCUUCCAUGUCAUGAAAGAAAACAAGAUGUCCAAUUUAGAGACGUUGCCUGAAACUCGUGUUGAUAAGGAUUUCAAAAUUACAAGAAAAGGCAUCUCUGGGGACUGGAAGAAUCACCUCACAGUGGCCCAAGCUGAAGCCUUGGAUAAAUUAUACCAGGAGAAGAUGGCGGGUUUCCCCAAAGAGCUGUUCCCAUGGGAGUAAUGUCCAAAAAUUCUGGAGCUUUUAUGGAUACUGACAUUGUUUCCUGUCUUGGGAUAUUUACAGGAUUGGGAGGUUCUUAAUAUAAAAACCAUUUCUAUGAGAAAAGGAAGGAAAAGAUAUGAUAACAUAAAGAACCAAUGAAAUGUAAAAUAAUAAAUGAGUAAAAGGAAGUCUAGUCAGUCAGAGGAAGGAGAAUGGGUAAGGGGGGCGCACAGCAGAGAAAGAAGGAUUGUGAUCUAAAAUUGAUUGCAUGGAUGACUUUUUACGGAAGAUCUCAACACUAUGUAUAUAACAAUAACAGCUGUGUCAAAAAAUAAAAAAACCAAUUUGCCAUUCUG